GUCACUUGAGAACUCCUCUUUGUUGACAGAAUAAACGUAAACAAGGCUGGAGGAAAACUUUUGCCGGUUAAAGUUAUUAUCAAUAGUCAUAAAUUUUAAAGUUUUCAGGGUUUCCUAGCCCUUUUUUGAGAAUUUUUUAGGCAGUUUAAGUUGCACGUAGGUAAAGUCUAUAAACAUCACACAUCGGAAGAAUGUCGCUCCUAGCGCUUCGUCCUCUUCUAGUCAAGCAACGCGUCCUUUCACACGCUCUGUUCCGAUGCUCAGCAUCACUUCCGACCCUGAUCCAACACUACUCCACCAGCAAUGCAUCGAAACAAACGACACCCUCCAAAUCCCUGUCGGCCGGAAGCGAUAGAACAGACGUAUCGACCGACGUCCGGCCAAUCGGUGAACGGGUGAAGGAAAACACGAAAACCGCCAGCUACAUGGGUGUGAUCCUGCUCGGCGUUGGAGUGACCGGCAUUCUGUUCUACGUCGUGUUUUGGGAGCUGUUUUCAUCGGACAGCCCUAACAACAUCUACUCAGAGGCUCUGGAACGGGUGAAGGAAGAACCGAGGGUAAAGGAUGCACUCGGCGCACCGAUCAAGGGCUACGGGGAGGAAAGUCGACGUGGUCGACGGACGCGCGUUGCACACACCAAAUACGUGAAGGAUGGUGUGGAAUUCAUUCGCAUGCAGUUUCACGUUCAGGGGUUCCGCAAUAGAGGUACGGUCCAUCUGGAGAAACGUAAGACGGAAUCGGGCGGAUAUGAGUAUCGUUAUCUGUUUGUGCAGCUAGAUUACAACCCGCACAGCCCCAUCAUACUGGAGGACAAUAGACUGCAGCAGGAUGCGAUGAGAUCCCAGGCGGGCGCAUUGCCACAACCUUUCCUAUGAAAACUAUCGAAUGAAAUACAACGAGCAGUGGUAAAGGACUACUGGCGGAUUAAUUGUA